UUGGAAAAAAAAAAAAUCCGGUACUUCAGUGACAUUUCCAAGAUAUGAUAUGACAGUAUCGAAGUUAUUUUCAUGAUGAAUACGGUAUAUUUAAUGACGAAAUCGAAGUCCCAUUUUUUUAUACUAUGAUUCGUAUUAGCGGGGUCCAGCGAGAGUAUAUAAGGCCAAGCGGCUACCAAAGGAUACCAGUCGAGAUGGUGUCCGCGGUUCUCCUCAGUGCGUUAGUGGCUGUGGCUGCGGCCUUCCCCCAAGCCCACCCAGGUCCAGCCCACCCCGGUCCAGCUCACCCCGGUCCAGCCCACCCCGGUCCAGCCCACGCCUUCCCCGCCCACGUCAGCCCCAACCACCCAACUCUGGCCGCCCACGUCAGCCCUCUCGCCCCUAACCAGGGAGCCCACGCCUUCCCCGCCCACGUCAGCCCCAACCACCCAACUCUGGCCGCCCACGUGAGCCCCCUUGCCCCUAACCAGGGCGCCCACGCGUUCCCCGCCCACGUCAGCCCCAACCACCCAACUUUGGCCGCCCACGUCAGCCCUCUCGCCCCUAACCAGGGCGCCCACGCCUUCGCUGCCCACGUCAGCCCACUGGCUCCUAAUCAGGCUGCCCACCCACUCCCCCCAGGCGUGGAUCCUGCUUGCGCUGGAAAAUACCCAUUCUGUGAUUAAUUGAGUUUAUAUAUCUUUUAAUAUAAAAGACAAAAGGCAUGCAUGAGGAGCGAAUUGUUCUUGUAUUACGCUCAACAAGAGGAAAAUGAAGAUGAAAGGUUGGAUGCUUCUUUGUUAAUUGUCUGUCUCAGGAGAAGAUUUCCCUGCCUUUCGUUCGGCGAUGAAAUAAACUUGGAAAUGUCAAAGAAA